AUGGCGGAAGAUUUGGUGUUGGACACGGCGAUCAGAGAUUGGGUAUUGAUACCGUUAUCAGUGGUUAUGGUGCUCAUAGGAAUCCUACGAUACUUCGUCUCCAAGCUCAUGCGCUCAUCUCAGUUACCAGAUGCUAAAAUCGUCAAAGAAGGGCAGGUGAUUAUUAGGGCAAGGAAUUUGAGAGCCGGCGCUAAUUUUAUUCCUGCAAAGUCGUUUCGAACACGACGGCUUUAUUAUAGUAACGAGGAAAAUGGGUUGCUUUUUGUUCCUAAAGACCAAGUUCAGAAUGCACAGGCACAAAUGUUUUCUGAUCCUAACAUGGCUAUGGAUAUGAUGAAGAAAAAUCUCUCAAUGAUCAUACCUCAGACUCUUACUUUUGCAUGGGUUAACUUCUUCUUCUCUGGGUUCGUAGCAGCAAAGAUACCUUUUCCGUUAACUCAGAGGUUCAGGUCAAUGUUACAAAAUGGAAUUGAUUUGAGUACUGUUGAUGUGAGCUAUGUUAGUAGUCGCUCAUGGUACUUCCUCAAUCUCUUUGGUUUGAGGGGUUUGUUUAGUCUCAUUCUUGGAGAGGAAAAUGCUAUGGAUGAUACCCAACGUAUGAUGCAAAUGGGUGGAUUUGGUUUUGACCCCUCAAAGAGUUUGGGUGCAGAAAAGGACAGUUUAGACAUAAUACAGCAUGAAUGGGCAUUGCCUAAGUUUGAGCAGCGAGCUGAAGCUGUCUUGAGGAAACUCGUCGCCUGAGGAUAAUGACUAAUGUAGUCGCCUACUCUAUUUAGCGGAGCCACGUUGGACAGUGCUUCUCGUCGAUCUUUGAUAUGGUUGCCUGUCACCAAAGUUAAUCAGAGCAAAUCACUUCCUUUCUAUAUUGCAUGUAUGGAGCAGUAAAACUCAACUGAUGUCACUGCUCUGUUGGCUUUUGUCAUCACAAGAGUAUAUUUUCACUUCAGAGUGUUGAAUAACAACAAAUAUUCGUAAUUGAUAGUUGUGUACUAGUGUGAAUGUUUUGGGAAUCUGAUGUUCUGAUGUCUGUCACUACCAA